AUGUUGAAAGACAUAAAAAGGGAAAAUGCGCAACCACUUUAUGCCGUUCAAGGUGUUACCUUAAGUGUCGAGGCACAUGAAACACAGAGAGGCUUAUGCCUCAUCAAUCGGCCUUCGCGAUCGCAUAAUUCGACUGCUACCACGGAUAACAGCAGUAACAUGAGGCAACAACACGACGUGGGAUUCGCGUGA